AUGGGUCCUAUCUUGAUAACCCUACGCUGUCCGUCACAAGAAACAUGCCAAGGUCUGCUCGCCAGCUACCUACGUCUCUCCGUGCGCCCCGAUCGAUCGAUCGCCGCGACGACGAUAUGGAGAGCGUGCGCGCGACGGCGGCCGGCGGCCGGCGGUGACGGUGGCGGAGACGGGGAGCUGCACGUGGUGAUGUUCCCGUUCCUGGCGUUCGGCCACAUCAGCCCGUUCGCGCAGCUGGCGCGGAAGAUCGUCGGCGUCGGCGGGGUGCGCGUCACGUUGCUGUCGGCGGCGGCGAACGUGCCGCGCGUUGAGGCCAUGCUGUCGUCGGCGGCGGCCGUGGAGGCGCUGGACCUGCCGCGGGUGCCGGGGCUACCCGAGGGCGCGGAGAGCACGGCGGAGGUGUCGGCGGACGGCGCUGAGCUGCUCAAGAUCGCUCUCGAUGCUACGCGGCCGCAGGUGGAGGCGCUGCUCGCGAGGCUCCGCCCGGGCGUCGUGCUGUUCGACUUCGCCACGCCGUGGGUCGCCGACGUCGCCAGGGCGCUCGGCGUCAAGGCAGCGGGGUUCUCCGUCUUCGCGGCGGUUUCCGCCGCGUACACCAUGACCCUCGCGCGCCGCCUCCACGGGGCUUGCCCGACGGUCGACGACCUCGCGUCGACGCCAGCGGGGUUCCCGCCGUCGUCGCCGCUCGUCAACGUGCCGGCCUACCAGGCCGCCGACUUCAGCUACCUCUUCAAAAGCUUCCAUGGCAUGCCGUGCGUGUAUGACCGCGUCGCCGCCUGCAUCAAGGCCCGCGACGCCCUCGUCCUCAAGACCUGCGCCGAGAUGGAAGGUCCCUACAUCGACUACCUGGCGGCGCAGCACGGCAAGCCGGUGCUCCUCACGGGUCCCAGUCCGGAUCCGCCGCAGGGCGAGCUGGAGGAGCGGUGGGCGACCUGGCUCUCCUCCUUCCCGGACAACUCCGUCGUCCUCGCCUCCUUCGGCAGCGAGACCUUCCUAUCACCAGCCGCCGCGACGGAGCUCCUCCUCGGCCUAGAGGCCACCAACCUUCCGUUCCUCGCCGUGCUCAACUUCCCCAAGGGCGCGGACGCUGAGGCGGAGCUCAAGAAGCGCACGCCGCCGGGGCUGCAGGAGAGGGUGAAGGGGAGAGGGCUCGUCCACACCGGGUGGGUGCAGCAGCAGCACAUCCUGCGGCACCGCAGCGUGGGCUGCUUCGUCAACCACUCCGGGCUCAGCUCCGUCGUGGAGGGCCUCGUCGCCGGCUGCCGCCUCGUGCUGCUGCCGAUGAAGGGCGACCAGUACCUGAACGCGCCGCUGUUCGCGCGCGAGCUCCGCGUGGGCAGGGAGGUCCCGCGGCGCGCCGCCGACGGGUGGUUCGGGCGCGACGACGUGCGCGACGCGGUGGCCGCGGCGGUCUCCGGAGGAGUGGGCGCCGAGGAGAAGAAGUGGCGGGAGUUCUUCAUGGACGACGCGGUGUAGCGGAGGUUCGCGCGGGAGUUCGUCGCCGGGCUGAGAAAGCUCGUCACGCCGGCCUAACGUAUAAAGCGCGGAUUAAGAACGAUUUGCGUGGAAAUGUGUUUUUGUUUUUGCUUGUAAUUAUGGAUUGAUAUGUAAUGUACGCCUCGCAGUGCUUACACCUCUCGCCAAUCCAAGAUUUGCUCAAAAAACUCGAACUCGUA